AUGGGCAUUUUUUCGGUGAGUUUUUUUUCAGAAAAAAAAAUGGUUUUAUGAAAUUUUAAGUGGCUAUUCUCUAGAGACGGUUAUUUUUAUAGUGGGCGGCUGGAAAAAUUUGUGUUUUGAUUCGAAAUUUAUUUGAAAACAUUUUUUUUCAAAACCAUAUUUUAUUCAAGAAAAAAUCGCGAAAUAAAUGUGAGAAAAUCGCUCUCCUAUUUUUUUUCAUAUCUAACUCAAACUCAAUUUCAUCCUCAUCAAAACUUAUUCAUCAGAUUCAAUUUUGGCAACAUUUCAAGUAUUUUGACAUUUUUUGAGAUUUGGAAAAAAUCUAGAGUUAGUUUCUCCGCAGGAAAAUGGAAUAAAAAAUGAAAUUUUCAUUUUUUCGAAAAAUCAUCGAUUUUUUGGGCCCUCUUUUGUUCGAUUAUUCUCCCACACGAUUUAUUUGGGGGGAACGUCGAAAAUAUUGAAUUUUUCAGCGAAUCUUUUUUUGUCUGUCUAUUUAUGCAUUUUAUUUGAAUAAUCCGAUGGGAUACUUGUUAUAAUUAUUUAUUCGAUUUUUUUCUUUUUGAAAACAAAACAGAUGGAUUUUUCUGUUUUGUUUAUGGUUUGGGUUUAUUCUGAGGAUUUUUAUAUUUGCUUAGAGGUCCUGUAAACUCAAGAGUUCAGAAAAUGUUUUUUACAUUAACUGAUGGAUGUAGAGAACCCUAGAAUAUUUUGAAACAGUUUCGAGAUCUCUGAUUUUUGGGAAAUUUUGUUAGAAUAAAUUUGGCUAAUUUUCCAUAUUUCCGCUAUUCAAAACUUUUACUUAACAAUGUGAAUUGAACUCCAAAGUUCAAAAACCCACGAAAUCUUCAACUUCUUCCUCAUUUCUUUUUGUUAUUUUCGAAAUCCCCUUUAAAUAAGUUAACUUUUUCAAUGUUUCCGGUGAACUAACAAAAAAAUAUCCAUCCUGUUUUGACGUAUUUUAUAAGCACUUUUUCAGUUAGCAACCAACACCAAGAAAAGGCAUAAACAUAAAUAACAGGGAAAAUGUCUAAUUUUCUCCAUGUCUUUUUUCUCGACGACAAAAAAUUGGGAUUGUGCUUUUUUUUGGCCAAUUUUCGAAUUAAACAUCGACAAUGCUUUUUGUCUUCCUUUUUCUUUGGUUUUUGUUGUCUUGUCGGAUUUUUUAUUUUGAACUUGAUUCGUGAAAUUGGAAAGAUAAAACUAUGGGCGACCUAUUUUCGAAAAAAAAAUAUUUUCAAAGAUCGGAGUAUGAAUUUUUUAAAUUUAGGAUUAAGAAUCAAAAGUGCACUUUCACUUUUUUUGAUUUCUGAGCGAAUUUUUAAAGAAUCCCAAAAAUCGAACCACUUUCUUGAAGUGGUCCAAUUUUUGGUGUUUGACUUGAACCGCUUCAAAAAUUGGUUUGAAUUAGAAAUUAUUUCCAAAAAAAAUUCUAGAACAAGAGUUAUGACGUGGCAGGUUGAAUUCAUGAUUUUUGCAAAAAGUGAGAUAGUUGACUCGAAUCUCCAAAAAUUCCUUCCUAUCACAACUAUCUCGUGGAAGUUCAUAUCAACUCAAAAUUUCAUCAUAGAUUCAAGAUUCUUAGAAAUAUGUUCCCUUUUGCAUUUUAUAUUUCGAAAAUGACCGGAAAUGUUUCAACUUUUCAUUUUUUUUUCUCUUCUCAAGAUCAUUCUUUGUUCUUUUUUUUGCAACCCCAACUCAUAUUUUUUUCUCAUCGGCACAAAAAAUGUUUCAUACAUAAAUACUAUAUUUUUUGAACUCAUCAUUCCUCGAAUGACGCUUUCAAAUUGGCUAAAUCUAAAAAGUUAUCGAAUUUUUUUAUUAGUUGCUUUGUCUUCCGAAAAUUCUCCAGAAUAAAUUUUCAUUUUCAAAAUGGUUGUUUUUACAAAAAACCAGGAUUUUUUUCCAAAAAAAGCUUCAAAAUUUUUAAUUCUAUUGUUUUGUUUUUUGUAGACUAUGAAAUAUUCAGAUUUUUUUGAUUUGUGAGAUUUUUGUAGGUCCGUUUUUUGGAGGAAUUUGCAUAUUUUCCAUCAAUUUUUGAAAAAAAGACAAAAGACUAUUUUAUAGUAAUUUAUUAUUAUAGCUCUUUUGUCUUUAAAAAUUGCCCUUUCUUGUUAUUUUUUCUGGAAAAGAAGAACCUUUUCCAGUAAAUUUUUUUGUUAUGACAAAUUUAUUUAGAGCUAAAAAUAAACCUGUUAGAAAAACUAAGUGGGAAACAGCUGAUUUCACUGCAAAGAUUUUUGAAAAUUUACUGAUCAGUUUCAAAGUACAAACAUUUGAAAUAUUGUUUUUCGUAUAUUUUUUGAGAAAAAAACAUAAAAAUUGUAUUCAGAUAAAUUGGGAAAAUCUGAAAAUAAAAAGUUGUUUUUCUCAAAAAUGUAUACAUAAGUUUAUUACUGAUUUUUCGAAAAUUUUCCAAAACUUAGCCUAACUCAUUCCAAUUAUGGAUCUUAGAAUUCAAAGAAUUGUAAUCUCUUAUCUAAAAAAUAUCCCAAAAGUUUAAAUUCCAAGAAAAACUCCAAUUUAUCCGAAAAAAAAAAUCUACCCACUUUUCUUGCAAUAAAUUAUCAACUCAAAACUCAGAAAAUCGCAACAUUCAAUCCAGAAAAAAGUUGCUUAUUUAUGAUGUGACAUUUUUUGCUCGUCAUCUUCUCUUUUUUAUCUCGUUCUCAUUUCUUAAAUUUUCAAUUAGUCUCGGAACAGGAAAAGGCCAAAAAAAUGGCCAACACGCAACUCAAUCACAAUUUUUUGGGGCGCGCUUUUUAACAGAAAUUUGACACUUCAUUCAAAAAAGAAAGAGACAUUGAUGGUGUCUGUCUGAUUUUUGAAGGCUGUGUUUUAGUGAUCAUUUUUUGCAGAUUUUUAAUUAAUUGUUCUUAAUUUUUUCUUUUGAAAAUGUUGAUCGUGACAAUUUCAGUAGAAAGAAGAAACAAAAGCUAAAAUAAUUCUAUCGUAUUCCAUUUUAUCAUUGGCGUUUAUUGAUUUUGGAAAAUUUAAUGGUUAUUGAAUUUCCCAUUUUCGGAAAUAAAAUUAGAUUUUUUCGAAUUGCCACGUCAUAGAUCACGUUUAUAAUUUUUAAUUUUGAAAAAUUUAAUAAUCCAAUUCAACUUUCUGAAUUAUCAAGACAUUUCCUAAUCAAAAUGAUACUGUCAUAUUUACACCGUCUCCCAAUUACAAAAAAUCUAUGAAAAGCAAAAAUUUCCUACUAACUUCCUUGUCCUUUUUCAACUUAAAAAGACCUUUAUGACCCAGAAGUCCUCAAAAAAAUCUAUAAAAAACAUGAAUUCCAAGAAUUUUAUAAUUAGAUUCUAAUCUUUUUCCUCCCUCUUCCUCCAUGAAUUUACAUCAACUCAAUUUUAUUCCUACGUGACCAUAGGUCAAAUACUCAUUUCAUUUCAGUUUUAGUUUUUCCCUUCGCAUAAAAUUAAAAUAAUAAUUAUUUUCCUAUCGUUUAUUAGUUCAUUCAUUAUUUUUUGUUUUCUAAAAAAUAGUUGUAAAUAAAAAUAGAGAAAAAAAUGAAUUCUAAUCUAUCCAUUCUGUUUUACGACUUGAAAGCUUUCAGAAAACUUUGCGAAAGAAAAAUAAGGAUCAUUCUGAAAAAGAAGCGGAAAAAGAGCCGAAAACCACAAGUUCACAGUUGGCUGACGCGAUAAUGGCUGGUGGAUCGAGAAGACAAUCUUCUGUCACUGCGCAGAUUUCGAGACAAGCUAGGUGAGUUUGGGAAAGCUUUUGGGUUUUCUAGAUAACUAGAACAGGGUUACUGGGAUUGAACAUCUAGUUCCAGGCUUUUAGGUUUGAACUUCUAGUUAUAGAAAUCCAGGCUUAGAGUUCUAGUUUCAGCGUUCCAAUCCAAUUCAAUCCAUAACUUAUGAAUUUUUUUUUGAAAAAUUAAAAAAUUUCAGACGCUUCUCAACUGCAAUUGUGCCAACAUUAACCAAAAUUGAAAAUGUACACAUUCUUCAAAAAUUGAAUUAUGUCAAGAUAAAAUUGAACAACAUUGCUCAGGUUAGUUGGAAAAAAAGGUUAUGAUGAAAGGAGUUUGAAAAAAUUGGGAAAUCAAAAUGAACAUUUGGACGAACCCAAAAUAUCACAAAAAAUCGAAUAUUCAAAAAAGAUUUUUAAAAAACUGCCCACCUUAAUCCAACAAAUCACUAGAAAAUUUCAGCUUCAAAACGCUAUUGAAAACUAUGUGAUGCGAAACUCAGUGCAGUUUGAUCCGGUGGAAUUUGAUAUUUUCAACAAAGAAGGCUAUCGAUUUAUGCAAGGUUUUUCCUUUUUUUCUAUAUUUUUGAGAGAAAAAAAGCAAUUUAUUUAUUUAUUUUUAAAUAUAAAUGAGGAAAUCUCAUAUUUCAGCUAGCGUAUAUCCAGAUGAAAUUAUUCUUCAAGAAAGUUCGAAGAAGAUUUGUGAAAUUACAUUGAUUGAUAUUGAAGAUUCAACAAAUUUGUUGAAAAUCAAACAUCCGGUGUCAGGAAUGACGGUUUACGAGUUGCGAGAACUCGGUGGAACUAUUUUGAUUCAGACAAACACUGAUGAAUUGAAAGGGUAACUUGCAAACAUUUUUUGUCUCCAAAAAUUUCAAAUUACAGUGCUAGAAUAAUGACUCAAACUUCGGGACUUUCCACACUUUUUCAACAAUGUGGAUGUCUUUUUUCGAAAGAAUCUUGGUCGGUUUUGACACAGGAUCAAUGUGUGGCAACAGUUUUGCCAAAUCGAUCGUUUUUCAGUGAAAAUGAGAUACGGGUUAGUUUCGGAGAGAAAAUUCUUUUAUAGAUCACAAUUUUUAAUAUGAAUGUUUUUCUCAUUUUCUAGAGAAGUUUCCAAGCUUUAAGAGUUUGCGUUUUUCAAAUUUUUCUGUCUAGAAAAGCAAUAAAAAAAAUUCACAGAUCGUAAAAAGUCAGAAAUUCGAUACAAACUAUUUUCAAAAAGAGAAGCGUUCUAGAUUUUUGAAAAAUUGAUGAAUCUAAUAUAAAAAAAAUUACAAAUUUUCAGAUCGAUUGGGCUUCUCAAUGUGAAAACGAGCUUCGUCUCGUAUCUCUGGCCUACGGUAUCGGUCAAAUGGUCCGCGAAGCCUAUCCUCAACUUUUUCACAUUGUCAAAGAAUUCAGAAAUCGGAAUCAAUGA